GUUCGGGGCAGUGUUCCCGACGUCCGCUCGGGGCGAUGAUGAGCGAUCGCGAUUGCGUCGACGAGCGAAGAAGACGACGCUAGCCCAGCUAGCAAUAUCCCCACCGUAGGAUGCCCCAUUGCCGCUGAUUUGCGAGUCCUCCCCGCUUGCAAAUCCUUUCAAUGUUCUGAGUCGUCUUUUUGUGCAAAGUGCGAGCCUUUUGGAUCGGCAGCGAACAUGGAGGCCGUGGAAAGUGGCGACGCGCGUCAACAUCCGGCCGCCGAUGAAGUGCGACUUGCGGAAACGGAAGAGACGGGCACCGAACCUCCGGCCGGUCUCGGUUGUUCCCUCCCGAAGCAAACGGAGACCCCCCUGGUCCCGUGUCGAAUGGAGGCCUUGAACGCCUCGCCGUCCCACUCGGAAGACGAGGCCGAGGAAGGCGGCCCGGUCAGCGAAAAGGACGACGAAGAGCCGGACGAGGAGGAGGAGAUGGACGUCGCUGCCGCGCCGGCCAGGGAUUCGGACUCGGAGGAGAACGCGGGCAGAGGCUCGUGCUUGGCGUCUUUCAGCCUGGACGAGAUGAUGGAUAUCGGUACUGUGGAUCAGCAGGAACAGGAAGCUCAAAUGAACACGGAGGAUAAUAACGGCGCCGCAGGUGUCUUUUCAGAACCGGAGGAAGAGGAGGCGGCGAUCGAGCCGGACGCUGACGCCGAACCCGCCGUGGACGUCAAAGUGGCUGCGGGGAUGGACGACGAGGAGGAGGAGGAGGACAAGGAGAAAGAGAGGGAGGAGGACACGGAGAAAGAGAGGGAGGAGGACACGGAGAAAGAGAGGGAGGAGGACACGGAGAAAGAGAGGGAGGAGGACAAGGAGAAAGAGAGGGAGGAGGACAAGGAGAAAGAGAGGGAGGAGGACAAGGAGAAAGACAAGGGAGAGAAAGAGGUGGAGGAGGUAGAGAAGGAGAAAGAGGAAGUGCCCUUCUACGCCACCCGCUCCAAAAGCAAAGCUGCAGCAUCGUCAGGCGACAUGACCAACGGGAUGAAAGUGUUGAAGACGUCGGUGUCCAGCUCCUCCUCCUCCUCGUCGUCGUCGUCGUCGUCGUCCUCGCCGCCUCUCAUCAAAAUCAAAGACGAGCCCGUGGACGAGGAGUACGAGGUGGCCCUCGUGUCGGGCGCCGGCGGCGCCGUGAAGGACGAGCCCCUCGCCGCCAAGGAAGAGGACGACUUGCAGAUCGAGUCGGUGUACUCGGUGACUCCGGACGGCGACGGCAGGAGGCAACGAGGAGUCCGGCCGUCGUCGUCCACGACGACUUUAAACAUGUCGUGCGCUCACUGCCGCACGGGGCUGCUGAAAGGGCAGACGGCGUACCAGCGCAAAGGCUCGCCGGCGCUCUUCUGCUCCACCGGCUGCCUCACCUCUUCGCUCAGCUCGUCCAAAAGCGGCAAGAGCUGCCACCGCUGCCAAAAGCGCAUAUCCCGCCCCCAGGACGUCAUCCUGGCUCCCGACGCCGACGGCGUGUCGAGGGGCUUCUGCGGCGAGACGUGUCUGAGCGCGUUCAACCCGAAGAAGGGCGCCAACCUCAAGGCGCUCGCCCCUUCCGACGGCAAGCUGCAGUCGCCGUGCAGCAUGUGCGCCAAACACGGCAUCAGCAAGCACGAGGUGAUCCUGAGCGGCACCGUUCACAAGAUGUGCAGCGACUCGUGCUUCCAGCGCUUCCGCACCGCCAACCGGCUGACCAUGGCCGGCUGCGCCAACUGCGCCACCAUCUGCCACGUGCGGCCGCUGCUGCUCAAGAUGGAGGGCAGCAGCAAGACGCUGUGCAACAUCGACUGUCUCGUCAAGUACAAAAAGAAAGUGAAGACGAGCCUGCCGUGCGCCAUGUGUCGCGCCCCGCGGCCGCUGGCCGACAUGGUCCACAACAAAAGCACGGACGACUCCGUCAGCCUCUUCUGCAGCAGCAGCUGCGUCAUGGCCUUCAUGGUCCAGACUGUCAGCUCCUCAGGCGCACAAUUGAACUGCGACAACUGCGGCAAGCGCACUCUGCCGGCGUACCACCUGGCCAUGUCCGACACCACCAUCAGGAACUUCUGCACUCUGUCGUGCGUCAUGACCUUCCAGGAGAAGUUCAAGGUGAAACAAAAGCAGGCCACCAUCUUCCCCAAGCUGCCGGCGGCGUCCGGCCAGGAGCAGAGCGGGGCGGCGCCGCCGCAAGGAGCCGCGCCCGCGCUGGCCUGCGCUCAGUGCGCCCGGCAGAUGACGAGCAAACCCGACGUCGUCCACAUUAAGUUUUCUUUGGCGCUUGCACCUCCCGGCGUGCAGGACAAGGUGGCGUUUGUGUGCGGCUGGAGCUGCGCGCUGGAGUUCAAGACCAGCAAAAACGUGAGCGCCAAGUGCGAGUACUGCAAGCUGGACAAGAUCAGCCGAGAGGUGAAGCGUAUCGACGGCAGGGACCGCUCCUUCUGCAGCCACGGAUGCAAGCUGUUGUACGAGCACGACCUGGACAAGCGCUGGGGCAAGCACUGCAAGUCGUGCUCGUACUGCCAGUGCGUCUCCAGGAAGGUGGAGAAGGCGCUCUACGGCGAGUCCAGCGAGGAGUUCUGCUCCGAGGAGUGCAGGUCCAACUACACCAUGCUCUUCUGCCAUGUUGCAAAGUGUGCCUCGUGUGGCCGCAAAGGCAAACUGAAGCACAGUCUUUUUGUGCUGGGAGAGGUGCGCAACUUCUGCGACUUGCCGUGUCUCUUCCAUUUCUGCAACCUUUUGGUCACGACGCAGGGGGACGUCUUCCCGGCAGACUCGCCCGUCAUCGCCAACGUGGUCUCGCUCGCGGAACAGGCCGGCCCCGCCGCCGCCGCCGCCGCCGACAAGCCCGCCAAACAACAAGUGGGAGACUAUGAAAUGACUUUGAGGAAACGGAAAGAGGACUCCCACGCUCGGACCGCUUCCCGAAUAAGAGGCGCCGACCCGCAAACGGCAGACGCUGACGUGGUCAUUGUCAGCGCUAAACCGGCAAAGAAAGCGUCGUCUACAGCCGCCGCCGCCGCAGCGGCGGCCGGCGCCCCGAAAAGCGUGAAGAACAAGGCUCUGCUGUGCAAGCCGCUGGUGCAGAACAAGGGCGUCUCGUGUCGCACGCAGACGCUCGACGUGGAGGCGCAGACGGACGUGUCCAUACCCAAGAUCAUGGUCCUGCCCGUUCCUGUGCCGGUGUACGUGCCCGUGCCCAUGAACAUGUACAGCCAGUGCACCCCCAAGCCCAUGGGCGUGCCCCUACCGCUUCCCGUGCCCGUCUUCUUGCCCGUGAACAUGGACAACGCCGACCGCAUCGUCAACACCAUCAAGAAGAUCAAGGACAAGUACCCGGAGGACCCGUUCGAGGCCGAGCUGGUCCUCAUGGCCGAGAUGGUGUCGGAGACAAACGGGGGCGUGGACCGAGGGACCGAGACGCGUCCGGGAGAGGCGACGAGCAGCUACGGCGACGACCUGAACACGGACGACCUGAGCAACCUGCUGAACAGCUGGGACGAGAACGAAGCUCCGCCCCCGCCGCCCAUGGACAUCGAAGCCGACGUCCCCGUCGAAACCCUCGAGAGGAUGGCCCUGCUGCCAGAGCAGUCGCCCCCGUCGGCCGGCCCCACGCCAGCCGGCUCGCGAAAACGCCAAGCGUCCCGGAAAACCAGAGAGACGAGGGGUCGCAAAAAGUCCGCCAAGGGUCUGAAAGGAUCUGCCGCCAAGAGCUGCGUCCCCAAAGUGCCGAAGCUAAAUAGCGAGUACGGCGUGGACGCCUGGAAGCGCUGGAUCCGCUGGAGGGACUCUCAGCCCGACGUGGAGACGCCGCGAAUCGCAAUGCGCCCCCUGGUGCCGAAAGAAGACCUCCUGCGCUGCACCACGGCCGAGCUGAGCUACGGCCUGUGUCGCUUCAUCGCCGAGGUCAAGCGGCCGUCCGGCGAACGCUACUCGGCGGACAGCCUCUUCUACCUCUGCCUCGGCAUCCAGCAGCAUUUGUUUGAGAACGGCCGCGUGGAGAACAUUUUCACCGACAGCUUCUACUGCAAGUUCUCCGGCGAGUUCACCGACAUGCUGAGAGGCUUUCGGCCUUCCCUCACGGCCAGCGGUUACGUCCACUCGCGGGUGGAGGAGGAGUUCCUGUGGGACUGCAAGCAGCUGGGCGUGUACUCGCCCAUCGUGCUGCUCAACACGCUGCUCUACUUCUUCUGCAAGAACUUCGGCUUCACCACGCCCGAGCAGCACCGCCAGCUGUCCUUCGCCCACGUCAUGCGCUGCACCAAAACGGGCCAGGGCAACAAAAAGACCACCUUCCUGCGCUUCUACCCGCCCAUCGCGCCCAACGACGGCGAGUCAGAUGCCGACGGCGUCCCGGCAAAGAGGCGCAGGGAGGACGACGACGAGGAGGAGGCCAAAGAGGAGAAGAUCCUGGAGAUGAAGGAGAACACGGACAAUCCUCUGCGCUGUCCCGUGCGCCUCUACGAGUUCUACCUGUCAAAGUGCUCCGAGACGGUGAAGCAGCGCACCGACGUCUUCUACCUGCUGCCCGAGCGCUGCUGCGUGCCCAACAGCCCGCUGUGGUUCUCGGCCACGCCGCUGGACGAAGACACCAAGGAGGCCAUGCUGACCCGCAUCCUCACCGUGCGCCAGCUGCACGCGGCCGCCGGGCGGCGGACGCUCGCCCCCGAAGACGACGACGGCGGCGACUUGCGGCGGCCGCACGUGGCCACCAGGCAGCGGACGACGGCGCCUCCCGAAGACGACGAGGACGACGCCGGCGGCAGCGAGGAGGAGGAGGACGGCGGCGGCGGCGGCGCCGCCGACGACGACGACCCCAACGACCCCGACGACCCCGACUGGCAAUGAGCGGCGAGUCUCGGACUUUGUGUGAAACUAAAGGCGGCGAGCGACCUUGUGAAAAUGCGUUUCGGGUGGGAGGCUUCACACUUGGACGCCUUUUUUUUUUUUUUUUUUUGCUUUCCUGGUCAGUCCAAUUUCCUUUUCGAAGGUCCGAUCGAUCUCAAUGGAUCUGUUCUCUCCCCCCGCCCCCCCGCCUCAUCUUAACUCUCGCGUUAGCCCGAUCCCGUAGGUCCGCGUUUCCCAACCUUUCUUGAGCCGAGGCACGUCGUUUAUAUCGCUCGUAUCCGCUUUAGUUCAAUCCAGUCGGUGUGUAUCUGCGCUUGUGUACUUGUGAUUCUGUUGUACGACCGAAGGCGUUAUUUGGGCCUUCUGCCCUCUAGUGGAAGAGCAUUCAAAUGGUUCUACCGGCAUAAAUCCUUUUUGGACCGGUUCAAGCGAAGGUUUUGGUCGGGAAUCACUGCUGUAGAGCGACUCUGUUCAUUCAGUGUAGUUUAGAAAGUUUUUGAAAGUGGCUCAAAGCACCUUUGACGACGAGACAUUGAUGGCCUUCACCAAAUAGCCACAAAUGUACAAAUCGAAACGAAUAUCCUUUCAUGUAUUCCCUCACACCGUUUUGUAUUGAUCUUUUUUUUAAUAAAAGAAACUAUCGAAGAA